CCUGAACGAAAAGAUGCACCGCGCCGGUCGCGAGAUCCACUACCCGCCCAUCGUGGACCUGCUGGACCCGUACAUCCUGCUCGUGCACCAGGGCAUGGUCGAGCAAAUGUUCAUCGACGACCUGCAGGAGCGCGGCAUCGAGGUCAAGCGCAACACGGCCUUUAUGGACUUUGCCUACGGCUCGGCCAAGUCGGCCGCCCUCGAGGUGACGUGCGCCGUCGACGUGACGCACAGCAAGCGCACGAUGCGCACCAGUUUUGUUGUUGGCUGCGACGGCGCCCACUCGGCCGUGCGCAAGUCGAUUCCCGGCGCCACCCCCGUGGGCGCCUCGUCGGAUGCCAUCUGGGGCGUCUUGGACGGCCAGAUCGACACCGACUUCCCCGACCUCUGGUCCAAGGCCGUCGUCUACUCGGAGGAGGCCGGCUCCGUCCUGCUCAUCCCGCGCGAGCGCAACCUCACCCGCCUGUACAUUGAGCUGAAGCCCGAGUCGCGCGGGAGCACGUCGAGAGAUGAGCUCAGCCAAGAGUUUGUCAUGCACCGCGCCCAAGAGAUUAUGCAUCCGUUUGAGCUGAAGUGGAAGACUGUCGAGUGGUUCGGCCGCUACCAAGUCGGGCAGCGCGUGGCGACCAAGUUCAGCGACGAGCGCGGGCGCGUCUACAUUGCGGGCGACGCGAGCCACACGCACUCGCCCAAGGCGGCGCAGGGCAUGAACACGUCGAUACACGACGCGUGGAACCUGGCGUGGAAGCUGAACCUGACGGUGCGCAAGCUGGCCAAGCCCGCGCUGCUGGCGACGUAUGAGCACGAGCGCCGCAAGAUUGCCCAGGACCUCAUCAACUUUGACUACGAGCACGCCAACGCCUUUGCCUCGGGCGACUCGGCCAACCUGGCCAACAACUUCCGCCAGAACGUGCGCUUCAUCUCGGGCAUUGGCGCCGAGUACGAGCCCAACGUGCUGAACGUCAACAACAAGGCCAUGAGCGGCAGCGGCGUGGCCGGCGGAGACGGGAGCAGCAGCAGUAACGGUGGUGGUGGUCUGCGGCCGGGCUGCCUGCCGCCCCCGGCCAAGGCGACGCGCUACGUGGACGCGAACCCGAUCGACGUGCAGCUGGACAUUCCCAUGCUGGGCCAGUUCCGCAUCUACUUCCUCUGCAACAGCGUGCCGGCGGCGCGGCCGUUCCUGGACACGGUGUGCGGGCUGGCCGUCAGCGGCAGCAGCUUCGUGGGCCGCAUCUCGGCCGCGGCCAACGCAUCGUACACGCUGCAGCCGCCGGCGGCGGCGCCGCACGACGAGUUUGUGCGCCCGGCGCGCUACACGCCCGUCAGCGGGCUGUUUACGUUUGCGCUGGUGGCCGGGGGCGACAAGGGCGGCUUCGACAUGACGGACCUGCCCGCGGCGCUGAGGGACAGCGCCUGGACGAUUUAUCUUGAUGAUGUGCCGCACUUGGACGCGACGGGCAAGGGGUGCACGCAGAAGUGGCUGGGGGGGCUGAGCGCUGGCGAGGUGGCCGUCGUCGUGGUAAGGCCGGAUGGCUAUGUCGGCACGGUGAGGGUGUGGGCGGAUGGCGGGGACAGGGAAAGGGGCGUCGAGGCGGCGCGGUGGCUGGACGAGUAUUUUGAUGGGUUUCUGGAGGCGUAGGGGAGGAAGAGCGGGGCGCUGCUCCGUUUUCAUGAUGCGCAUGAUUGGGUAAUUGGAUUGGGUUGGUUCUCGUUUUUGUGGGGUUUAUAUUGGUUGGUAGAUGGGGGUGGGCGGAGGGACACUGGAUUGGGUUGGAUGGGGUGUAGAUAAGAUACUCAUACACCUACGCGUGCAUGUGCGUAUACGGACGGGUAUACAUGUAUAUAUUUUUGCAUUGUACACAUGGAAAAGGCGUUCAGUGGUGGUGUGCGCUAGAUGAAUGACUUGGAAGCAGACAUAUACUACAGUGCUGGAUGGCGUGGAAGGAAACAUAGAGAGAGACUGAAUCCCCUACAUCCAUCCAGACAGACAGACAUACAGACAGAAAAAGAGAAGGACAGAACGCACCUGCCGGAAGCCAAACCCAACCAAACCACGCAAACAAGCCAAGCUAGAUCCACUCCACUCCACU